AUGCCAACUGAUGAAUGGUCAUUAUGUCAAAUAACAAAAAGUUAUUUUGAGACUGAUGAUUUUAAAAAAGCUCAAAAGAAAUUAAAACUGUGUCAGUAUUUAUCAGAUGUAGCGUCAGAAUCAGAACAAUCAAUUUCAAAUGUUACUAAUAAAAGACAGCGAAAUAAGCCAUUAAAGUAUAUAACCAGCGACUCAUCGGGUGAAGAAAAUAUACCAGUAUUAUCUAAACUGAAAGCUCCUCCUAGACUAGAUAAAAGUUUUCCAAUCUGUGUUGAAGGUCCAUCCAUUAUAGAAGAUAAAGUACUAAAUGCGAGUACAGCAAAAACAGAUGAUAUACUUGUAACAACGAAUCAUCUUGUACAACCAACUCGUAAACAUACAUUGACAGAAAAAAAUUUUCUGUCUGCUACGAAUACUGAAAAUGUGGAAUCACAAAUAGACAACAGAACUCUACGUGAUAUUUAUGCGACGCUUGCAUUUCUAAAACGACAGAAUGCAGAUAUCUACAAUCAAAAUGAUCAAAUAUUGCAAAUUAUAAAGGAGACUAACAACUCUAUUGUAACAACAUCUAAAUCAAAUGAAAAAUUACAAUUGCCUUGUACUCUACCAAUGACAACAUUAGAAGAUAUUAUAAAGUUGGAAGAAUAUCUUGAAAAAGAAGAAAAUAUUUUUAAUCUGGUAAAUUUGUGUGUAAAAAAUAAAAAAUAAUUUAUAUUAAAUAAACAUUUGUUUUGUUAUUUUUGAAAUUUUUUAGGGAUCUUAUUUGUCAACAAUGGAAGCCGUGGAGAUAUAACAUCGAUAACGAACAAAAUACUUUGUCGUCUUCUUUCGGAUACAAUAGCAUCAUCUUACAGCUUCUUUGGAAAGCGAAACAAUAAAAAGUCUUUUGCAAAUUUGAAGCUUAAUAAUGUAGUGAUAACGUCUGUUCAAAAAGCUCUACCCAAUACUACACAACACGAAGUAGAAGACAGCAUAAAAAUAUGGCUAAAACAUGCUCCGCAACGCUUUUCUAUUAAAGCAAAUAAGAGUAAGUAAAAGUUUUUUUAUACAUUACAAAGUAAUAACUAUUUAUUCGUAACUGUAGAGAAAACUGCCACUAAUUUUACCAAAGACAAUUAGUAUUAAGUUUUAUUAACUAUUAUUUUAUUAUUACGCAUAUUUUUUUUUCUUUUGUAAUAAAAUACAAAUUGCAAUAAUAUGGCUGCUAUAAGAAAAAGAAAAAUGAAACUGUUUGUAGGAAAACGUCAAUUUUAUCGUAGAGUUACUAAAGAUAUUGUAGACUCAAGGCAUUCAAUAUUUACUUUUUUAAACAAAGAAAGAUGUCAUAAUAUCGAAUUAUCCAAUUCACCUGUAAACAUAUUAUCGAAUGAAGACAAUUCUUGUUUUGAAAACAAUAUUGAUUUGGAAGUUUUAAAUGAAAUAUUAAUUUCUAACAAUCAAACUAUAAAUGAAAAUUCUAUGAUAAAUAUUAAAUCUACUAAAAUACUUUCUGAAAACAUUUGUAGUGAAACAAAUACAACUAAAAAAUUAACAUUUUAUAACGAGACAAAAA